AAGAUUGAGGACAUUAAUGAAACAGUGAUGAAAAUGGCAAAGAUAAAUAGACAAUCAGCGAAAAUAUCGAUUAGGGUCAGUUCAGCUUUGAAUCAAAUGAACAUUGAGUAUGCGAAAAAGAAAGGACUUACCUGGAAACGUCUGAGUAAGGAAACAAUCACAGGUUGUAUCAGUGAAGUCAUUGGAUGUGUUUCUAGUGUAGAAGUUGACGUUGAUGAUUUGGAUGGAGAGAUGGUAAAUGUUGUUGUUCGAUCUGAUCUGAAAGAACCUACGGUCGAUGAAAAGGUGAUAGAUGAAGGUUGUGUGGCAAAAAGAAAUAAUAAUCAAAGGGAAAGUGAAUUGGUGGAUGUUAGGUGUGUUAAAGGUGAAUUGAUGGAAAAUGAUGGUAUUGAUGAAGAGAAGAAAAAGGGCAGAAUUGUUAAUGGAAUUGUAGUAAAUUUGGUGUCGGAAGAGAACCAAUGGUCAAGAAACUUGCGAAUGAUGAUAACAAUUGCAUUAGUGGAACGUAUUAUCUUGGAUGUUGUUAUCAAAUUGGAAAUGAUGUUAGUUGAUAUGGAUCGUGUUGAUGAAAUAAAUGAAGUUAAUAGUUAUUGUGGUGAUGGAAGUAAUGUUGAGAUUCACGAUAGAACUAUUCGUGUUGGAUAUUGUUAUCAGGAUGAUGCGACAGUAGUGAUGGAAGCACCGUUGAAUGUAGUCAUGAGGAUAGAUUUGAUGAUGAAGGGUUUGCUGGAAUUCAAUAAUGAACCAUGUCAAACAGAUAAUGAAAAGUUUGGAUACUCACCUAAAGCAAAUAGUGAAGUGACCUUGAACAUAGAAUCUACUGAUGAGAGACCCACAGAUAAAGUAGCUGAAAUUGGAUGGAUAAUGUAG